GUUCUUAAUCUGUACCGGCGUUUUAUAACUUUUUAAGAUUGCUUAAGCAUCAUAGUCAUAACCUUUUAUAAAUUAGUGUAUAAUAAUCUUUUAUUAAUCGCAAUCACCAAUUAUGCCGCGAAAGCCUUGUUAUUGGACUCGUAAGUUGGAGCUACUUUUGGUUGACUUCAUACGGAAGAAAGAGUUUAUUUGGAAGCCAAUAGGCAACACAAACCACCAUAUACAGCAAAAAUACAAGGCGUAUGCGGAAUUCGCUUCGAAAUUAGGACGUGGAUUUACGGCUCGAUCAGUUAGAGACCGCUGGGUGAACAUACGAAGCACAUUUAAUCAUAACCUUCGUAAGGUUUUAAAGUCCAAAGUGUGUGCCAAAUCUCCAGAUGAGGUCUACACACCCUGCUGGCCCUUGUGGAAGCCGCUACAAUUCUUAAGAGAUGCUACAAAGAAGGAUAAUUGCUCAUAUGAGGAGUACAAUUCAACACAAGAAGAUUACAAAGAAGUGGACAUCAAUUUGGAGUCAGCUCUAGCUGACAUUAAUGAAACAGACAUUCUAAAUAUCAGACAAACAGGUCAGAGAACAGAUAGGCCGAGGAAAAAGAAUAAAUCAAAGAGGAAUAAAGUUAACAAAUGCAAGGAAUUGCUGGAUAAUCUAUUGGUAUCUAUGACUCCGUUUAAUGUUUCUGAACAGUCGCAGCCCUACUGGUUUUUUGGUAGGCACGUGACUGAGAGACUGAAUGCCAUGAGGCCACUAGACGCGAAAUGCGCAGGACGAGAAAUACUAAAACUGCUUGAAGGAACAAAUGAUGAAAUGGACUACACAUUAGGCACCUGAGAUGUUAUUUCUUUUAGAAAAAAUUAUGUGGAACAUAUGACAAAAGGCCUCUGGGUAAAACUAAUUGAAUACAGGCAGAAAGAACCUUUAUGUACUGUUCUAUGGGGCUAUUAAGUGAAACAUCUUUUUUCCGAACUGGAAUGGUAUUUAUCACUCUGGGAGCGAAUUCCUCCGGAUGCGGGAAUGAAUGCCCGCCAACAUUUUUGGCGCGCAGGUGAGAAGAUGUCUUUACACAACGACCAGUACGGAAUUCCUCGCGAUACUUUUUAUUUUUUUGUUAAUAAUCAAUUCACUGCAGACGAAUAUUUGAAGUUUUGAUCAGAAUUUUGCGUAGCUGACCCUGCUGUUCUGUUUUUUAUCUCUUUUAAAUUGCCGAUUACUUCUUGCGAUUCUUAUUUAUGUGAUUAUUAACAUCAUAAACCAUUUUUCUAGCCUGCCCGGCUAACACUUUAUUUUUACACUGCAAAACUUAUACACAACAAAAUUAAACAAAAAUUAUGUAACACAGCCAGAGGCCCCAAAAAAAAUUCGAAUUAAAUUUAAUUCGAAUUUACUUACAAUAGUUCUUGCACGAUGCAAGUACUCAGAAGUAAUGAAUAUAAUACUAAACUUAUUUAAUAUUAAUAACUUAUUUGAAUCAGUAAUAGUCAUUCCCGUGUGAACCGUCUACUCACUCG